AUCAAAAGGAACAAAAAAAUAGACAGCUGAGUGCUUUUUCGCUUCCUUCCUUUCACAUCAAAAUCUCAGAAAAAAUCGCCCCCCCACCCCUGCAAAUUUGUUUCCCUGAAUUGCUUGCCUUCCCCUCCUGGUCUUCCUCUAUAUGUUUUGGCUACAACAAGAAAUUGUAUCAAUGGAGGGAGAAACUACUACUUGUAUUUGUAUGGAGGAUUUUGUGUAUAUGUAGAGAGAGAGAGAGAGAGAGAGAGAGAGAGAGAGAGAGUAUCAACUUCUGUCACUCUCAAAUUCUGCGCUUCCCACCACACCCCCUCACUGACAACUCGUACCAUCCUCACCUGAUUCGUCCCCUCUCCUCCUUUUUUUUUUUUUUUUUCUUUUCUCCUCUCUAUAAUUUCACUGCAGUACACCCCAGCAAAAAUAGUGUGAGAAACGAGUAGAUAACGAGAGAGAGAGAGAGUACCAAACCCACACUCAUGGCGAUUGUAUGGGUUUUGGUUUGCCUUCUGUUUCUUGCAACUCAUUCCGUCUCAUUUGAAGGUCGAAACCCCGAAGUUGAAACGUUGAUUAAACUGAAGAAUGGUUUAAUCGACCCUCGGGGAGUUUUAAGCAACUGGGAUGAAGACUCCGUAGACCCAUGUAGUUGGGCUAUGAUCACUUGCUCCCCUGAUAAUCAUGUCACUGGACUAGGAGCUCCAAGCCAAGGAUUAUCAGGGAUAUUAUCUGGGAUGAUUGCCAAUCUUACAAAUCUUCGCCAAGUUUUGUUGCAGAACAACAAUAUCUCCGGCGCAAUCCCAGCGGAGAUUGGAGCUCUUUCGAACCUUCAGACUUUGGAUCUGUCCAGUAAUCAGUUCUCCGGUCACAUGCCGGAGUCUCUGGGCCUAUUGAAUGGUCUUCAGUAUCUGAGAUUGAACAACAAUAGCUUGUGUGGAGCUAUUCCUUUGUCUUUAGCCGAAGUCCCACAACUUGCUUUCUUGGAUUUGUCUUUCAACAAUCUCAGUGGACCCGUGCCCAAAUUUCCUGCAAGAACAUUCAAUAUUGUGGGUAACUCACUGAUUUGUGAAAGCCACUCGACUGAAGGUUGCUCCGGAUCGGCCUUUCCUAUUCCUCUCUCAUUUUCUUUUGGUUCAUCCUCUGGAAAACACAACUCCAAGAAACUAGCCACUGCACUUGGGGUUAGCUUAAGCUUUGCCUCUCUCAUCCUCAUAGCGGUUGUCUUCAUAUCUUGGAGGAGAAAGAAAUUGACUAAACAUUCAAUUCUUAACAUCACUGACUUGCAAGAAGAGGGUCUGAUGAGCUUAGGAAACCUCAGAAACUUCACAUUUAGAGAGCUCCAUGUUGCCACAGACUACUUUAGCUCUAAGAACAUACUUGGCGCUGGUGGUUUUGGAAAUGUUUACAAGGGAAAGUUGGGGGAUGGCACAUUGGUGGCCGUGAAACGCUUAAAGGAUGUGAUUGGAACGGCUGGGGAAUCACAAUUUAGGACUGAAUUGGAGAUGAUUAGCCUUGCGGUCCACCGGAAUUUGUUGCGCUUAAUUGGAUAUUGUGCCACCCCAAAUGAGAGGCUUCUGGUGUAUCCUUUCAUGUCCAAUGGCAGUGUGGCCUCAAGGCUUAGAGAAAAACCAGCUCUAGAUUGGAACACUAGAAAGAGAAUCGCAAUAGGAGCUGCACGAGGUCUUCUCUAUCUACACGAGCAAUGUGAUCCAAAGAUAAUCCAUAGAGAUGUGAAGGCAGCUAACAUACUGCUAGAUGACUACUAUGAAGCCAUUGUAGGUGAUUUCGGCCUUGCAAAACUCCUUGACCAUGCUGAUUCCCAUGUCACCACAGCUGUCCGUGGUACUGUAGGACACAUUGCACCAGAGUAUCUCUCCACGGGACAGUCGUCCGAGAAGACGGAUGUUUUUGGAUUUGGUAUUCUCUUGUUAGAGCUCAUCACUGGGACGAGAGCUCUUGAAUUUGGCAAAACAGUUAAUCAAAAAGGAGCAAUGCUUGAUUGGGUGAGGAAAGUGCAGCAAGAAAAGAAAUUUGAGCUGCUGGUGGACAGAGAGCUUGGGAGCAACUACGACCGGAUAGAUGUCGGAGAGAUGCUGCAAGUGGCUCUACUUUGCACCCAAUACUUUCCGGCCCAUCGCCCCAAGAUGUCCGACUUGGUCCGCAUGCUCGAGGGUGAUGGGCUUGCUGAAAAAUGGGCUGCCUCUCACCACCUCACCACUGAUCCAACCACAAACUUCUUCCUUUCCAACAAGCACAACAAAGCUCAGUUUUAUUCAAACCCCGCCGCAAGGCAUGAUGAUGGCGAUGAUCAUGACUCUUCGAGCGCGUUCGGCAUGAUGAGUGGUGAUGAACAUGAUUUUCAUGCCAUGGAGCUCUCUGGUCCUAGAUAGAGGAGGUUGGCUAAAUUAAAGAUAGAAGAAGAAAGUGGAUUCUUUGAAAUUCUUUAGCAAAGUCAGUAGUAACUUUGUUCUUGGAAAAGCAGAAGGAAAAGGGUAAAUAGGGCUAACUCUGUCUUUCCCAUCUCUUACUUUUGGCAGUUCCCUUUGGGUAUGUAUAUGUUGCUUGUGCCUUAGGCCUGAGACACUCUUCUUGAUUGGAUGGGUUCAGUUGAAGUGUGAAACUUAGUCUCCUAUAUCUGUAGAUGAAAUUAGUUUGUAUCAACUCAUGGUGUAAAUACCCUUGAAGUCCCUCCAAUAGCAGGACAAAGGUAGAAGAACCUUUCUUUUUUUA